GUACUCCGCGCGCCUCGGAGACUGCCUGGUCCCUGGUCUUUGGUCCCCGGUCCCCGGUCCCCGGCCCCCGGCCCCCGCCGCCCGUCUCUUGGCUUCCUGCCGCGGCUGCUGGGUUGCUGACUUGGGACACCUACAAAGCCGGAAACCAGACAGAGCCCUGCAAGGCUGCUUGUGCCAUGGAUUCUCAGGUCAGCAAUGGUUCAAGCCUCCAGGAUGAGCGCAUCACAAACUUGCUGGUGUUUGGCUUCCUCCAAAACUGCUCCAACUAUAAUUUCCAUAAAGAGUUAGAGGUGUUGGGCCGUGAACUGCCUGUGCCACCAGCUUUCCUGCAGGAGGACCACGAUGAUGGGCUCCAGACAGAUGGCAACCGGUGCAGCCGCUUCUUGGAUAGCGAGGAGACAGAUUCUGAGAGUCAAGAGGAAAUCAUCCAAGAUAUCGCCAGGCAGCUCGCCCAAAUCGGGGAUAGGAUGGAUCACAGCAUCCACCCAAGAGUGGUGAAUAACCUGGCAAUGCAGUUUAUGAAUGUGAACCUGUCAGAAGAAGACAGAAGGAAGCACCUUGCUGCUGCACUGGAGCAGGUCCUACAGACUUACCCGAAGGACAUGGAGAGGGAGAAGACCGUGCUCAUGUUGGCCAUGGUAUUGGCCAAAAAGGUGGCCGAUCACACACCGUCCUUGCUCCGUGAUGUCUUUCGCACAACAGUGAACUUUAUUAACCAGAACCUACUCACAUAUGUGAGGAACUUAGUCAGAAAUGAGAUGGACUGAGUGGACAACUCUGCAAAAGUACAACUGGUUAAAACUUGAUAUGGUGGCAACAGUACACCUGCCUCCAGUGGAGAUGGAGCCAUGGCUAUGUAAACAAAGUUCUUAGAGAAGAUAGGCACGAAGUAAUAGCUAUUUAUUUCUUACUGUUUUAAAGAUGAUGUUUUAAGCAAGUGAUUCAUUUAGAAACUUCACCUUAACAUACUUGAAUGAAAAUGUCAACUUGCACAGAUUUGAAUGAGUUUCAUACCAUCUUCCAAACCCACUACACACUGUGCCUUUAUCUUAUUUCAGCUGUACGGGUCUUCACUUGAAAAUUAAAUUUAAGAACAGAUUGUAAGGCAGAAAAAAAGGUUUUUUUGUUUAAGAAAAAAACCCAUGUUUUUUUGUUUAAAAAAAAAUACCGUUUAUUAAAGUGCAACCUUGGGGUGUGGUCUGACAGCAGGCAAUAUGAGGAGAGUAAGGUCUGGAGACGGAUGAACUUACCCCUCACAAAUGAAAAAUUCUUCUCAAUGUAGGGCACACCUUGAUACUAAGGAAGUUAACAGUCUUCCCAUUUA